CAGCUUUGUUCUUGGUCGAGGGUGCACGCAGUCAUGGCUGUGGUCAUAAUUUAAUCUUUCUCCCCCUCUCUUCCCUCCCUCCACCACAACACAACUCUAAUGCUGUGCUUUCUCCACAACUUAUUGACGUGUUGGAGGUGUUUGUGAGUGCGGAAUAUUCGUCAAGGAGGGGGAGGGAGUGGAAGGACCGGACAACUCUCACAGAAUGCACGCUGUGUCGGAGGGAGGGAGAGAGAGAGCUGCGAGCCAGCCAGCCUGUGAGCAAGACAGAGAGAGAGAAUGAGACGACAGGUCGUACGCCGAUCUUGUGAGGAAAUUUACCCACCGGGCAAGGAAGUUGGUGUUGGUUUCUGUUCAGGCGAUUCAUUGCUGUGAUUCCAUGCUUUUAGCUGGAGGUAUCAAUGCCCACAGUGGCUUGAAAUAUGAAACACAACAACGAAGUUCUACGAGCGAGGGAACAACAUUCUCUCUGUUCCUAAAUAUAUCGGGAACACCGCAUGACUAAGUGAGCUUGUAACGAGCGAUUUCAUUGGCUGUGGAAACGAGUGCUCGACGGUAAUUGGAUGUUAUGAGUUGCCUUUACGUAGUAUAUUCAUGGCGGAUUCAAAACGUGUGCUGAGGGUCGUUAAUAUCCUGUGUAAAAAUUAGAUCACAGUGGAGAACUUUUGACCAUGCCGCAUAUGAGUUCAGGCGGUUCGGAGGAUUUUUACUCUACAGAUGAAGUUAAAGUGUACAAGGACGAAGGAAAUAAAGACGAGGAAAAACGUUCAUCGGAAAACCUCUCGGAGGAAAAGUUGGGUUUAGUCACUGAGACGGAGGAGGGUAAAAAUUCGUCGAAUUAUGCGGGAUCUAAGGAGGGAAGCGGUCCGCGAGUGGACGAUGACAAAACAGCCGGAGCACCUGGACCGGUCCCACCACAAGGAUCCAUGGGAUUUUUCCUCCCACCCUACGCCCCCUACCCCAACGGGGGUGGGAAGUUUGGGAUGCAGCCGCCCUAUCCAGGGCUUGUGAUGUACAAUGACUUCACACAGCCCCCACCAGCACACAUGGGUAUCCCACCGGUUCACACAGACCCCAAAACAGGGCUACCACGUCCGUCAAUGUAUGCAGCAUAUCCUGCUCCCCACAGUCAGUUUCCUCAUCCUUUGUACGGACCGGAUUUUCCACAAGUUCAGUGGCACAGGCCAGCAUACCCUAUUAGUGGUGCCUUUUCUGGCUCAUACCCACCUUCUAUAUCCCGAUAUGGGCCUCCAUCCCUCCUUCCUCACCCAGGCCUCCCGCAUCCAGGUAUGCCUCAUCCUGGGGUGUUGCCCGGCCACAAGACAGACAUGAUGGUUACGCACGGGCUGCAGGACAGUCACAGGCUAGUUUCACAUGAAGGAGAAAAUGGUAGAUGUAAAACAGAGGAGAUCUCAAAGCCGGAGGGGGAGCGGAAAAGGCCCUAUAUCAAAAAGCCACUUAACGCCUUUAUGUUGUUUAUGAAAGAAAUGCGACCCAAGGUUAUAUCCGAGUGCACCCUCAGAGAAUCUUCAGCAAUCAACCAAAUUCUAGGCAGGAAGUGGCACGCACUAGACAGGUCAGAACAGGCCAAAUAUUAUGAGAUGGCUCGCAAGGAGAAGGAUUUACACAUGCAACUGUAUCCUGGUUGGUCAGCUCGAGACAACUACGCAGCACACAAUAAAAAGAAAAAGCGGAAAAAGGAACAAGUCACACCUCAGGAGAACAAAGGUGCCUCUUCAGAAUGUCCAAAUGCAAAGAAGUGUCGUGCACGCUAUGGCUUGGACCAGCAGUCCCAGUGGUGCAAACCUUGCAGGCGAAAGAAGAAGUGUAUUCGAUAUGAGCAUGGAGAGAAUGGGAUGAGCACAGAUGGCGAGGACUGUGAUGAUGAGUCUUCGCGCUUGAGUUCCCAGCGCUCAGGCUGUGACACAGACUCUAAUCUUGAUCUGGACAGUCCACGACCUGACCACCGGACGUCGUACACCGACCACCACUCUCCUCUCUCGCCUCUCAUCAGUGAAAACAUGGAUGAUGAACUUGAUCCCAAAGUUCAGUUGAAUGCAGGGCUGAUUGGUUUUUCUUCUUCAUCCGCUGCUGCAUCAGGUGUUCAUAAGUUGUCCACCACUCAGCACUCUCUUCAGCCCUUGGAGCCUGUGGUCAAGGCAGCAUUAACGACUGCACCCAUCAAGGCAGAAUGUGCAUCUCCCAUCUCUCGGUCUUCACCUAACCUAGUGGCUACCUAGUAGCACACCUAUGGCAAGAAAAAUGCGCUUAAAAUACUUGAAAGGUUUCUGAUGGCAUAAUACAGCAGCCUUCGCUGGCUGUGUGCAGACUUCUUUCACCUUGACCUUGACUGCGUGAUCCCCUCUGCUGGAAUGGCUUGCUGGCCCUGCGCGUCUCAGGUGUGUGUGAUUGCUAGAGACAGCAAGUUCUGGGUGCCGAGUCUGCUUGUGAAUAGUUUUAACAACGUUGGGAGAGCAAACAUUCAGCUGGCAGACAUUGCCUUCUCUCUUUCUUGGGGAUCCAGAAUGUUCACUGUGACAGAAACACUAAAACUUCUGAGGAGUGUUUUCUACUUGAAUGGUUCACUGGAAUAGUCAGCAGGAGCCACAGGUUCAACCCUGACCUCUGCAGUGUUUCGGUGCCUCUGUGUAUUUUCAGUGGGAGAAUGGCAACAUUCCUCAGUAAAUCCACUGCAUUUUUGUGGUGAAAGCUUGAACGGCCAGGACCGAAAAUUUAGGACAGAAGGGGAGAGAACAGUGCACAGACCCAGCCUUCCCUGUGACUUUCUUACCUAAUGAGUUAUCUGUGGAAAUCAGAUUUGUGUUGAUGACUUCACUCAUCUUUCUUGAAAGGAGUCAGCUGGUGCUGCACAUACUAGGUUGGGAAAAGCUUCCUCCUCCCUUCCUGGCUUUUUGUUGGCUAGACGUCAAAAUGGGGAGAAGCAUUCAGCUUAGCCAAACCUUUUCAUUAUAUAAGUCUGUAACCAGUAUUUUGAGCCACUGGCUAAUAGAAAGCAAUGAUAUUUGUAGAAGGGACCGGGAAAGAGAGCAUUUCUGUUUCUUUAUGUGGGUUCUACAUCACUGUUAUCAACAUACCAGGUCAUGACAUGCUCUUUUAAAUUAAGCUAGCAACAGCUUGGGAUAAGGAAUUAACAAAGCUAGUCUACUGAUAAAUUCAUUGGUAGAUGUAUAGUGUAUCCCCCUUUCAGUAGAUCAACAAAAGGCUUAUAACUCUGCUGCAGUGAGCUGUUUCAUUGAGAAGACUGUCAUAGAAGAGUAGAAGACUUUUUCAUUCAUAUGCUUCAUUAUCUGUUGUGGAGUCAAAUUUGUUGGUGCCAAGAAAACCUUGAAUUUUCUUGCCUACGCAAAGUAAUAAAAGCACUGAGAAAAAAAAUUGUCCUUUGUACCCCAGCUUUUAGCUGCCAAAAUCUUUAUUGGAAACAUAACACAGGAGGAGCAAAUAGCAUUUAGUAGCAUUGUGAAGGGAGGAAUCUUUAUAACAAAGUCCUGAGAGAUUUUUCUAAUUUCAAAAUGUUUUUAUGUAGGCAGUUGCAGAUUGACGCUUGUAACCCACUUGCAGAAGUUUAAAAGGAUUCAAAACUCAGCUAACACCAAAACAAAACAAAACAAGAUAGCCUCUAUCCCACCCCAUCUGGAAAACUUUUAUCCCACCUCUUCUGGAACAGAUGCAGAUUAUUUUUAUUUCCAAAGAAUUUAUGAAAAAUUAUGUGUUUGCAUUAUAAAUAUGUCAGUGUAAAAGGUUUUUAGUUAUUAUGAGUUAUUUACUUUUUAGAUUUACAAGCAAUUAUAAUAUUAGUAUUAACUAUGAAAAAAUAUUGACAAGAAAUACUAAAUAUGCAUUGCUUGUGAUUGAUAAGUUUGGAGAAGAUGAAAUAUUUCAUUAACAUGGUUAUUACUUUUAAAAGGACUGGCGGCAGAUGUUAUGUUGAAAAUUAGGAGAUUUCAGGAGUUAGAAAAUUGCAAACUACUUAUGUUAAAAUUUACAGCAAUUAUGACAACAGGAAUUAAGAAGCACUCUGCUAUCCAUGAUUAUCUUUGUCACUGGGAUUUUUCUAGAAGUCACAUCUAAUCUGUGAUUACCUGGUUUUGGCCCUACGUUUCUCAUAGAGCACAUGACAAGGUGAGAUCUGUAACAAAUGUAGACAAAUUGAUAAAAUCAGAUGCUGUUCUAUACUCAUAUUUUGUGAGCAGGGAGAGAGGCAGACUUUAGGGGGUUGUUGAAAUAGUGCUUGAAAGUUGUCAUUGCUGUACUUGUGGCAGAGAAGUUGCUGAACCUUAAUGCUACAAAUAUUUUAGCAGUAUUCUUUUUUUGUAACCCAUAUUUUUUUUAUUUAGGAAAAAAAUAAGGUGUUGAUAUUUAUUUGGUAGGAAACAUGCAUUGCAAGUAAAAUAGCCCAGUAAUUUGCUCAUCUCUCUAGACUGGCAUUUUCUCUCUCUGGUAAAGCUUAGUAUAAGAAUUGUUUGUAUUGCUAAUUGUAGCCUUGAUCUCUUAGCAGACUGAAUGGUGGCUUCCUAUGCAUGCCAGGAAUUGUUGAGACUCUGUUACAACUACAUUUCAGAAAUGGUCAAACAUCAUGUCUGUAUUGCAUCUCUUAUGUGAAGUCUAUUAAAAUGAAGGCAAGAUGUCUUAUGUACAAAGAAAUUUGAAUUAGUCUCAGCUUGCUUUAGAAGGUUUAUUGUCUCCACAAAAGGUGAUUUUGAAUGUGUCCAGAAAAAUAUAAAAUGGAAGAUACUAACACAAUUGUGAAGUAAAGCUUCAUCGUGUUGAUGAAAAUAUCUUGAUUAAUUAAAACAGAUUUUUGGCAGAUGAAAUGUUUUCUCCAAACUGAGACAGAUUAACAUAUUCUUGGAAUUAAAACCACUUAUGGCCAAACCAAAAAUGGUACUCUGAACUUACAGGCCUCUUUUGAAGCAGAGGAGAGCCAUUUGUGAGAAGACAAGGUUGCAGCUUGCUGUGCUUGUGCAUAUUCCCAGUUGUUUGACCAUUCUCUUUAAUGCUGUUAAACUAAGUCCCAUGAGAUGACAUCCUUCAGUUUUGUUUUGGUUUACAAUGCAAGCUUCAGGUAUGUUGCAGAAUCUUUUCUAGGCUUGUAAAUUGUUUUAACCACUUUUUUGUAUGGUGCUCUGUGUAUAAAAAGCUGUAUAUGAGAUGUAUGCCUUGAGCUAGAAGCCCUUCCUGUGUCAGCAUUUGUACCCAUGACCUUGAGAAUGCUGUGUUGUACUGCUUGUAGGGUGCAGGGAUUGUUUUGGAAUAGGGGUUGUGUUGCUUUUUGGGGCAAGUCACAUGUAAAAAAAAAUUUAAAAAAGGGGAGUGGGGAGUCUGCAAGAUUGCUGACAUUGGACACUAUGAGAAGGUAGAGGGAAGGGAUUAAAAGAAAUAGCAAGCAGAUUACUUGGUCUGUUCCCUUCAGCGACAGGAUAUUUCCCACAUGUUCUUUCCACUUGUAGGAAUCAAGUUCUUCCAAACUGUGCAAUGAAGUCAAGGGAGGCAAUGUCCCAUCAUAGGUCUGACAUGAUGGCAAGUUGCCUUCUGACGCUUUCUCUGGAAAAUUCUUUCAGUUGGCAGCAGUUCUUUGGAUUUUCAUGACUACUGGAGAAUCUGACAUCUGCAAAGAGGGUGUUGAUGCUUAUUGCAAUUAUUGUAUGUGUUCAAGUCUUUUGAUCAUCUAAACGGGGGAUGCUCUCAGCAUAAGCAUCCAUGCUAGUUUGCAACAUAACUGUUAAAGUGACCAUUAAUUGUCAUCAUCAUCUUCAUCCUUGGGGAUUUUAGAAUGAAAAGAACAUGCAGUCGGUGGAGUGUGAUAGUGGAAUGGAAGACAGUAGGUAUGUGGCUGUGGACUUUAUGGACUCCUGUUUACAUACAGUUUGUGAAAUGUGGGGAAAAUACACAGCGAUGGAUCCUAAGGCAUGUCUGUCUGUAAAUAGUGGUGUUAAUUCUGUAUUGCCGUCAGUUUGGUUUAUUGUUAAAAGCUUUAUGGUUGGAUAUAGCGCUGUAUGUGGUUCUGACAGAAAGCAUUCUUGACAAAUAUUGUCUUUGUACAAUUCAUUCUCUUAUGUACAAGUUUUACACACCAAUAGAAGACAUGUUGAAAAACAUUUAUGUAAAAAGGUAACUUUUUGUUUAUAAUAAUGGCAUAGACAGAAACAUGUCACAUAUUUCAUUAGCUUUGUGUAUGAGAGAGAGAGAGAGAGCAGGUGUCAUUGAGAGGGGGAAGAGUGAGUGCAGUCAUGGCUGAGAAAAUGAAGUGACAUUUUUGGCAGCCACAACACAGUGUGUAGGUACAAGGUAUUCCACAUUACCCCAUACAGUUGAGUUCCUUGGUCCAUUCUUUCUCAUUAUUAUUUUUCCAGGUAGGUCAUAUCUAUGUUAAUCACUACACUGGCAUAAAAUUGUGAUCUGUUCACAGUGGCCAAAUCUUAAGAAGUAAAUGUCAUGUUUUUUUUAUUUAAAAAAAAGUUUAAGCAGACAUGGACAAGUUGCUCUAUAUUGGUAUGGUUUUCUUUUAAAAAAAAAAAGGUUGGGGGAUGUCUGUUAAACACCUCAAAUCAUUGUUGUGGGUCUUGCUGCCAAUCAAACAGCAUUAUCAGAGAUGUAAGCACUUUCUAAUGUAGAGCUUUUCAAACAGCAUUAUAUAAACUCUUCAUUUGAAAUACAACAGGUGUAAAUGUGGAAGAGAUUUUGUUAACAAGAAAAUUGUUGGUUUCAAAAACUAUGCAAGAGCUAUCAAAUUCCCAGGAGGAAUAGGGAACAUGAGCACUACCAGGGAACAGUUUAUCCAUGUUUAUCAGGGUCUUUUGUCAUACCUUAGCUUUUUAUUCCAAAGCAGGUAUGAGUUAAAAGUUGAAGAUAAUGGGGAAAUAAGACACUUAUUUUUAUUUUAAAAUAGUGUUAGGUGAUGACUGAAUCAUUUUCUGGUGACCCAGGUGUAAUACACUGGUGUCCUCUUAGGAAUCUUAUGUGCACGUAACCCAAUUUUGUUUCAUAACUCAGGAUAUGGCUUCUUAAUGAAGAAGAUACAUUUGCUGUGAUGAGUUACUAUUUGAAGCUGCACUUUCCUAUCCCAAAUAACCCCACAGAUUUAGGGAGAACAAUCUUUUGGGGGCAUUUUCUAGGGUCUGAAGAGCAGGGUCUUGUAGGUGCUAACAGAGGCUGGUCUUGUUGGUCAGCUGAUGACCUGGUGUCCACAUAGCCCUUGGAAUAGACCACAGAUGGCAGCCCGAUUUCCAAAUUCUGUUUUCUUUUUUAGUAAACCAUGCUUUCCUGCCAUAGCUAUAUCUGAGGUAGACUUAGCUCAAGGCCCAUGAGUGGUUAAAGAAUGGAUUGGCAUGCCAUUUGGGACCUUAAAUGGGUAAAAACUAACAAGUUGCGUUUAUGAAUUGUGAACAUUAGUUUGUGAUGCAAAAUCAUUGACAUAACAGGAUCCACUCUUUACUGUUGUGUCACUGCUGGAUGAUAGAUUUAUAAGGUCAUGAUGACUAUGAAGCUAGCCUUGCUAGAUGUUUCAUAGGGAGUAAUUUCAUGACGUCAGCUUAUGGCAAGCUUCUUGUAUUCCUUAAGCAAACUGAACAGGGAUGUCAAUUCCUAAUAGCUGUGCCUUUAUUUUAAUUAGCUUUCAUUGUCAGACAUACAAUACUUGCUUCUUAAUUUGUGUAUGUGCCUUUAAUAAUUUUACAUUCUCCUUUUGAUAAUAUUUCCCUUGUGUUAUUUGUCUAAACUCUCAGCAAGUUGAUUCCUUAGGUCUAGGUUUGCAAGCUUUUUUUUUUUUUUCAGAAUUCCUCUGAAAGACUUAAAUGUCUGUUUAAAAAGUCAGUAAAGAAAAUGAAGUAGGGAUAUGUUAAUAUAUUGUGGAACCAGUCUAAAACAAAAAUUUCAGUAUCUCUGUCCCUCACUUUUAGUUAUAUUCAUUGUUUUAUUAACUAAUGACAAUCACAGAUAAUGUUUGCGUAUCCACAAAGGAUACUGUUUUUUCAUGUACAAUCUUUAUAACUGUAUCAGUAAAGGAUACCAGUAAACAAAACUGAAAAGAAAUGAGCAGAGAGAUGUGAUCUUAACAAAUGAUUUCAAGUUACUGUCCGUCUGGCUGCUAUGUCCGGUUGUAAAGAACACAAGUGCCAAAGUACACCUGUUGUAGAUAAGCCCGUACACAUGCACUACAUAACUGACUAGCUAGCUGAUCGUUCCUACAGAGCUGGGAUGAUUAAAAAGGAUCAUUUCUACGCCCCUCCUCCCUUUCGCCACAUUCACAUGAAAACUAUUACACAGUACCAUGUUACUGAGGUACAGUUAAGACAGUUAAACCUGGAUGCACAUAUUCAUGAUUGCCAUCACUUAAAAGUCCCACGAAGUGCAGUCACCAGACUUUGCUAAUGCAUUGCUGUACAAUUUUGUCUCUCGUCUGUUGACUCUUGAUAAGCGGGUAUCUACAUUGGCUUGUAAACACUGGCUGUGUUUCAUUAUCAUAAUUCCCUCUUUUGUUCUCAAAAAUCGUGUAUUUAUAAUUUGCUGUCUAAUAACAGUAAUAAAACGAUUGAGUUGACUAUUGAA